CGCUGGCUGCGCUCCAGGAUCCCGCCCAUCCUGGUUACUUUGACAACACAAAGGACUUCACGGAACUCGUAAGCGCCGCCCACUUUUCCAAAUAAGGGCAGUCUUUCCAUGUACGGCAAACAAUCGGUGCGAGAUUGCCCUUUUCUCUUCCUUAUCCCGUUUAUAUGAUCGGAGAGGAACUGCGCUUCAGGUUGGAAGCGGUGCGAUCAUGGCCGAGCGAGUCCAGCAGCCCCCAGCCAAGCGGCUCUGCUGCCGGCCCGGCUACAACCCGGCAUGCAGACAGGGGCAGCGGGCUGGAGGAAUCCUGUGUGGCGGCUCAGGGUCCGCUCCGGGAGGGUCGGGGAAUGGAAAAACGCACAACCCCGAGUCGUUGCUCGACAUCGCGGCACGCAGAGUCGCGGAGAAGUGGCCGUUCCAAAGGGUGGAGGAACGGUUCGAGAGGAUCCCGGAACCCGUCCAGCGAAGGAUCGUAUACUGGUCAUUCCCGAGAAGUGAGAAGGAGAUCUGUAUGUAUUCCUCUUUCAACGCCGGAGGAGAGGAAAGUGGAACUAGCGGGGACAAUAAUGACGAGACCCAGCUGCCUUUUCUACGGGGUGUCACUCUGCUGGAGGGUGGCUGGGUGGACAACGUAUUGCAAGUCGGUUUCCAUCUGAGCGGCACAGUAACAGACCCGGCCACGCCUUCGUCCCCGGAGCUCGUCUGCAGCGUCAGUGUCAGCUUCGACCGCUGCAAAAUCACAGCAGUAACAUGCACAUGCGGCAACAAAGACAUCUUCUACUGCGCACAUGUAGUGGCGCUAUCACUUUAUCGAGUACGGAAGCCCGAGCAGGUCAAACUGCACCUGCCCAUCUCAGAAACACUGUUCCAGAUGAGCAGGGACCAGCUGCAGAAGUUUGUCCAGUAUUUGAUUUCAGUCCACCACACCGAAGUGUUGCCUACGGCGCAGAAACUGGCCGACGAGAUCCUGUCCCAGAACUCGGAGAUCAACCAGGUCCACGGGGCCCCAGACCCCACAGCAGGAGCCAGUGUGGACGACGAGAACUGCUGGCAUCUGGAUGAGGAGCAGGUUCAGGAGCAAGUUAAGCUCUUCCUCUCCCAGGGAGGUUACCACGGCUCGGGCAAGCAGCUCAACCUGCUCUUCAGCAAGGUGAGGGAGAUGCUGAAGAUGCGUGACUCCAAUGGAGCGAGGAUGUUAACACUGAUCACAGAACAGUUCAUGGCCGACCCUCGACUGGCGCUGUGGAGACAGCAGGGCACCACCAUGACCGACAAGUACAGACAGCUCUGGGACGAGCUAGGUGCCCUGUGGAUGUGUAUCGUACUGAAUCCUCACUGUAAGCCGGAGCAAAAGUCAUCAUGGCUGCGCCAGCUGCGCAGAUGGAACAGUGUGGACGUCUGCCCCUGGGAGGAUGGUAACCACGGCAACGAGCUGCCCAACCUCACCCACUCACUGCCUCAGGGUGCUCAUGGCAACCAAGAGAUGCGACCCCACAGGACUGUAUUCACACGGGCCAUUGAGGCCUGUGACCUGCACUGGCAGGACCGUCAUCUGCAGCACAUUAUCGCCAGUGACCUCUAUGCCAACUACUGUUACCAUGACAACCAGGAGGGUUCCCUUUUUGACUCACGCGGCUGGCCUUUGUGGCAUGAACAUGUACCGACGGCCUGUGCGAGGGUGGAUGCCCUGCGUUCACACGGCUACCCAAGAGAAGCCCUCAGAUUGGCUAUCGCUGUGGUCAACACGUUACGACGGCAACAGCAGAGGCAACUAGAGCACUUUCGUCGACAUAAGAAAGAGCUGCUCCAUAAAGGCCAUACUUCCAUUACCAACAUGGAGGGCUGGGUGGGACACCCCCUGGAUCCCAUCGGCACCUUGUUCAGCACGUUGACAGAGUCAGGACGGGCAGGGGAGGAGGGAUCCAAUACCUGCUUAGACCUCUCAGACUGCUCAAGUGUAGUAAGCCGCGCCGAUCUCCAGCGAAUGCCCGUACAACGAUUGCUAGGCGAUGGCGAAUCGUACGUGGCACUGGCAGUGGAGACGGCUCUGAUUGGCUUGGGUCAGCAGCGGGUGAUGCCCGAUGGGCUGUAUGCUCAAGAGAAGGUGUGUCGCAAUGAAGAGCAGCUAUUGGCCAAGCUGCAAGAAGUGGAACUGGACGACUCCCUGGUCAAAAUCUUCCGUAAACAAGCUGUCUUUCUAUUAGAAGCUGGUCCAUACUCUGGUCUGGGAGAGAUUGUCCACAGAGAGAGUGUUCCCAUGCACACCUUCGCCCGCUAUCUCUUCACCUCUCUCCUACCUCACGACGCUGAAUUGGCGUACAAAAUUGCACUGAGAGCUAUGCGGUUGCCGGUGUUGGAGUCGACGGCCUCGUCCAGUGACCUGUCGCGACCCCACCACAUCGUGUCUGUCGUGCCCAACCGCUACCCACGCUGGUUCACCCUGAGCCACAUCGAGUCUCAGCAGUGUGAGCUGGCAUCCACCAUGCUCACUGCAGCCAAAGGUGACAGUCGAAGGCUGGAGACAGUCCUGGAGUCCAUCCAGAAAAACAUUCACUCUUCGUCUCACAUCUUCAAAUUGGCACAAGAUGCAUUCAAGAUCGCCACUCUGAUGGACAGCCUGCCCGACAUCACACUUCUCAAAGUCUCUCUGGAGCUGGGACUGCAGGUGAUGAGAAUAACUCUGUCCACGUUAAACUGGAGGAGGAGAGAGAUGGUUCGCUGGUUAGUCACAUGUGCCACUGAAGUGGGUGUGUAUGCGCUGGACAGCAUCAUGCAGAGCUGGUUCACCCUCUUCACCCCCACAGAAGCCACCAGUAUUGUGGCCACCACUGUCAUGUCCAAUAGCACUAUCGUCCGCCUCCACCUGGACUGCCACCAGCAGGAGAACUUGGCUUCAUCUGCCCGCACUCUCGCCCUGCAGUGUGCCAUGAAGGACCCCCAGAACUGCGCCCUCUCUGCUCUUACACUCUGUGAAAAGGACCACAUUGCCUUCGAGACAGCCUACCAGAUUGUACUGGAUGCAGCGGCGACAGGAAUGAGCUACACACAGCUGUUCACUAUCGCUCGCUACAUGGAACACCGCGGUUACCCUAUGAGGGCGUAUAAGUUGGCGACAUUAGCCAUGGCUCAUCUGAACCUCAGUUACAACCAGGACACACACCCGGCCAUCAAUGAUGUGCUUUGGGCCUGCGCUCUCAGCCACUCACUGGGGAAGAAUGAGCUGGCCGCUGUUAUCCCCCUCGUAGUGAAGAGUGUAAAGUGCGCCACUGUACUCUCGGACAUUUUGCGGCGGUGUACACUGACCACACCGGGUAUGGUGUCGGCGCUGCACAGUCGCAGGAACUCUGGGAAGCUGAUGUCCCUGGACAAGGCGCCACUCAGGCAGCUGCUGGAUGCAACCAUCGGGGCCUACAUCAACACCACACACUCGCGGCUCACGCACAUCAGCCCGCGCCACUACAGCGAGUUCAUCGAGUUUCUGGGGAAAGCCCGGGAGACUUUCAUGAUGGCUCACGACGGACACAUUCAGUUCACGCAGUUCAUAGACAACCUGAAACAGAUCUACAAGGGCAAAAAGAAACUAAUGAUGCUGGUGAGGGAGAGGUUUGGCUGAGGGUGAGGCUGGGGGUGCCAAAAGCUCCCUCCCACUCUAGUACUUUUCUAUUAACUUGAGUCUGCCUUUUGAACUUCUUUUGGACUUAAAAACAGAACAAGUGAAAAGAGGGAUGUGACUUGUAGAAUGAAGCAAAAAGAGAAAGGAAAAGAUGACAAAAAAAAUCAACAGAGCCACAUGCGGUAUUAUUGUUCUUGCUGUUGUUAUUGUUAUAAACAUUAUUACUAUUAUUAUUAUUAAUAAUAUUAUUACUACUAUGUGUACAGAAGUGUUUUUAUUUUUCAGAAGAGAGGAAAUUUGUCACGUUGUGAAUGUUGUGUGUAUUUCUCUACAUGUGUGCGAGAGGAAAAUGAAAAGUGAAAUGGCUUUUUUUUUUUUUUUAAAUUUGUUUCUUUAUUUUUAUGAUUUAAAGCAUCUUUUUCCCUUUUUCAGUGUAUAUUGAGUUAUAUGUUGUCAAGUGGCUGAAGCCCCUCUACAAUAGCGCUCAUGUAAAAACUACAAAAAAAAAAGAAGAAAAACAAAACAAACAAAAAAAAAAUGUCUCGGCAUCCUCAAAGAGAAACUAAGGCUUUAAACCACACAGAGCACCUCCCUCUGUCCAGGCCUGCAGCAGCGGGCGCUGGUCAGCACUGCACAGCUUAGCUUAGCUCGGCUCGACUCGGCUCGACACAGCUUGGGUUAGCACUGACAGAAAGCCGCCAUCAGCAGUUCUCCAGACACAGCAGUAGCAUCAGCAGCACUUGAGCAGCCAUUAGUUUUCUCUGGGUCCCAGGCAUUAGCUUCAUUACACACAACAAUGCUCUUAGCUAACUCAUGUUGUUAUUGUUGUAAUUUCACCCACCUCCAUAAUGAGUACCUGUUUCAGACAGAGGACAGUAUGCAGGCUCUACAGCAACUGCACAUCAAAGAUAAUAAGUAUUAUUAUUACAUUAAUGUAAUGUAGUAAAGGUGCAGCCCAAAUUUGACUACAUAAUGGAUGUGAUUAGUUUUCUACUUAAAGCAGAUACCCAGAGGGAGACGACUACCUCAUGAUAUGGUAUUAAACCUGCUCCCAAUUUUUUUCCCCUUCUUUUUUUUUGCUAUCAUGAUAUUUAUCAUCUAUGAUAGCUGACAGUGUUAAUUAAACAGGAGAUUCACUAGUGAGACCAAGGUUAUGUGGAGAUAUGGAGUCAGAUUCCUGCUGAGUGUUUGCGCGCUCAGCUCUGCUGUACGUCACUGCCCCUGCCUGAUGGCCACGGUACUUAUCACCCUAAAAAUUGGCUCCGACACAUAGCUACCAUAGUGCGUUAUUUUCAGAAUAGGCCAGUGUCAUUUCCCUCUGUGCAUGUGAAUCAUAGAAAUUAGGCUUUCUACUGUUAUAGUUCAUUGUGUGGAAACUUCAGUAAUUGUCAACCAGAACGUUCUCAGGGAUUUCUCUACACAGGAAAAAAAAAAGGCGGAACAAAUGAACGACUGACUACGGAAAAAGACAAAACAUGACACAACAUGAGCGAGCAUUUAUUGUACUCUGUAUAUAUGCCAUAGUAUAUGUCUGAAUAUGGAGGAUCUGAAAGUAUAUGUUAACUAAUUUAUACAGAGUAUUCUAUGUAAUGUGAAAUACUUGAAGCCGCUGUAGUUUGGUCUCUCGCUCUCCUUUUCUUUCUCUCUUUUGUCUUCUCUCUUUGUCUUUUAUGUUUCUCUUUUGUUGAAAACAGAACAUAUCAGAAGGACCAGACUGACCUUGUUGUUGUCGGCUUUUCGGAUUCUCAAAGCCACAUAUGUUGAUAGUUGAGACGCUGGAUCCAGUUGGAAACGCAAGUUAAAUUGUUAAAAAAAAAAAAAUGAGAGAGAGAACAAUGUUGUCUUAGCUACUUCC